AGUCGAGUCUUGUGUGUGUGUGUGUUGUCGUCGAAUAGAUCUAUUUCGAUCGAAAAAGUGUUUUCUAGGGUUUCGAAGUUGCAGAAGAACAAAGAUGAUCGAGGUGGUGUUGAACGAUCGAUUGGGGAAGAAGGUGAGGGUGAAGUGCAACGACGACGACACCAUUGGAGACCUCAAGAAGCUCGUCGCCGCUCAGACUGGUACUCGCGCGGACAAGAUUCGUAUCCAGAAGUGGUACAACGUCUACAAGGAUCAUAUCACCCUCAAGGACUACGAGAUUCACGACGGCAUGGGCCUCGAACUCUACUACAAUUAGGUGUGGCAUAUUAUAUUGUUAUGGAUUACAAGUACAUGAAGCGUAAGGCAGGGUUAAGGUGUUGCUUACUGAAGAUGAAUGGCGUAAUUGGUGCUGUCAGCUAGUAGUAUUUGCCUUUAUGUUGUUGAUGUAAUAACCUUUUGCAAACAAAUGCAUUCGUAUCUAUAUAUAAUACAUGAACACUUGUGUUAAACUUGAUCGUCUCUCUGUUUGUUGUAUACUUGUUUUGAUAAUGUGGAGUUGUUUUCUUAGAAA